AUGUGGCUCCUCGUCUUUUCCUUCCUGCUGAUGUCCGCAGCUCAGGACAACAGCAGCGGCAAGGUGCUGAAGGGGCAGGAGUGCGCGCCCCACUCCCAGCCCUGGCAGGUGGCCCUCUUUGACCGCGGACGCUUUAACUGCGGGGCCUCCCUCGUCUCCCCGUACUGGGUGCUGUCCGCAGCUCACUGCCAAACCCGCCACAUGCGAGUGCACCUGGGCGAGCACAACCUGCGCAAGCGCGACGGCACGGAGCAGCUACGCACCGCGGUGCGCAUCAUCCCGCACCCGGGCUACGUGGCGCGCACGCACCUGAACGACCUGAUGCUGCUGCGCCUGGCGCGGCCGGCGCGCGUGUCCCGCCGCGUGCGGCCCGCGACCCUGCCCGCGCGCUGCCCGCGGCCCGGCGACCCCUGCGUGGUGUCCGGCUGGGGCCUGGUGUCCGGCUACGAGUCCGAGCCCACGGGGAGGCCGGAGUCCCAAGUGAACCUCCCGGAUACCCUGCACUGCGCCAACAUCAGCAUCAUCUCGGACGCGUCUUGCAGCAAGGACUACCCUGGGCACCUCAUGGACACCAUGGUGUGUGCGGGCGUGGAAGGUGGAGGCACCGAUUCCUGCGAGGGGGACUCGGGGGGACCCCUGGUCUGCGGGGGCGUCCUGCAGGGCAUCGUAUCCUGGGGCGACGUCCCCUGCGACACCACCACCAAGCCUGGGGUCUACACCAAAGUGUGCCGGUACAUGGACUGGAUCCGGGACACCAUGCAGAGGAACUGA